CUCUCUCCAUCUUUUCCCACUACGGUGAAAACGAGAGCGUGUUUCCCAUUCUUGCUCUUGUGCAACACAAACACACUCAGGAAAAGAAGCCAUCGUCACCACCUUACGUGUGACAUCAGAUAGCAGGAGGACUAAGACAUUCACUGCACCCCAAAAGGUCAGCAGUGGUACGCUGGACUUUGACUGAGACCGUUUCAUCUUCCUCCUAGACUGAUAUAAGGUGCUGUUUCAGCCAUGAAGACCAGACUCGGGUGUCUGUCCCACAAGUCCGACUCAUACAGCGACUUCACGGCGUUCCUGCCUCCAGUACAAGAAAAGGCACCCAAGUGCAUGAAGCUAUCAACAGAUGAAGUUGUACGAUGGGCAGAGUCAUUUGAUGUUCUCCUUUCUAACAAAUAUGGUUUGGCGGCUUUCAGAGCUUUCCUCAAGACGGAGUUUAGCGACGAGAACAUCGAGUUCUGGAUGGCCUGUGAAGACUACAAAAAGAUCAAGUCUCCCGCCAAGCUGAUGACCAAAGCAAAUAAGAUCUAUGAAGAGUUUAUUGACGUUCAAGCGCCCAGAGAGGUCAACAUUGACUUUCACACCAGGGAAUUGACUAAGCAGAACCUACUAGAACCAACUACUUCCACCUUCAGUGAUGUACAAGGCAGAGUGUACAGCCUGAUGGAAAAGGAUUCCUACCCACGAUUCCUGAGGUCGAAUAUAUAUAUAGACAUAUUAAAUAAGGCCCAAUCGCAGCGUCAAAGGCGGUCCUUUUAGCGGGUCACCUGAUAGGCUGACUGAACUAGGAAGCAGUUACAGGAAGUGUUAGAACAUGCAUUAACGCUCUUCAGCAGGUAACAUCAUUUCCUGUGUUAAGUGUAAACAGUUCUGGUAUGAGCAUCCUAUUUAUAGGCUGUCUAGUGGUUUUCUUGCUGCUUAGAAAACAAAAUAUGACCUUGUACUGUGUUUCAGAAGUCCAUCUUGAUAGUUAUUUUGACAUCAAACAUUGAUUUCAACCUGCAUGUCAUUUUAAUGUGUCAAAAAGUGCACACAUACAUUUUAUUAUCUACAUUAUGGACUGUUUCCAUUGUCUUUGGAAAAGCAAAUACUUUUGUUUCAAAGGAAAGUCUAAAUAUUAUAAUUAAGAUUAAUGUCUUUGUGAUUUAUUGAUAUUUAUAUUUUUAUAUAUUUUUAUUAAUUGCCCCAGAGAAAUGGCAUAUAAUGAAGCAGGUAACCUUAUAUUUACUUAUAAAUUAUAAUUUAUUUGGACAUCGUCUGGAAAUUGGCCUCCUUGGUUACACUUACAGGCUGCUUGUAUUAUAUAAGAUGCAUGUCAUUAACCUAGAAAAGAAAUAAAAGUUUUAUUUCCUCAGAAUGUGAGCUGUGAUGUAUGUAAAGCACAGUGGGAAUAUCUUACAAGGUUUGGCUUUGCAAAAUAAUUUUAUGUAUGGCUCAUUUGUCCCUGUCUAUAAAAGAUCAUUUGAAAAAUGAAAUGAAAUGAUUUUUUGUGUUGGUGAUUAAAAAGUGUAAGUUCAAACUUUUGAAUUUUGUGUGGCUCUUGUAAAAUAAUGUUUCACGUCUUCCAAAGCUACAUUUUCCCCUUGCGUUCGUGAUUUAACUUAUUUAUUAUUUACUAUAUAACUGCUGAC